CUCCGCUGCUUGUCUCCAGAGCCGCCGAGCCUCUAGACGAGCGACCUCAAGCGCUAAAAUGACACCCCCCUCAGCUCUACCACGGAAACGAGAAGCCAUCGCCGCCCUGUUGCCGACCUGUCAGUCGAAUGAUUCGUUGCCACCGCAGAACUUCGAUGCCAUUCAACAAGUCCAGCCUCCUGCGCAGCGCCGCGCGACGACCACACCCUCCACACCACAUGAUCUCGAUGUGUGCCACGGAUCGCUCACCCAGCUUUCGUAGCGUGCGAAGGUGCGUCCCAUCGCCCACCCAACCCUCUCUCCGUUCAACCUACUCGCGAGGUGCCGCUGACCAUAGACAUGUACAAUGUCAUCCGCAUCAGCGCAGUGGGCGGCGCUUAUCAGCGCGCCUCAUUUUCCGUUCCGCCAGCUCGGGAAAUCCGCUCGGCGCUCGUGGAAGUCCCCCCUCGAGUUUCCGACACGCAAUCCUUGUGUAAUUUAUCACAUACGCCUGGACUAUACGCGCGCUUGUGGUGGAGCGACAACGAGGGAACCGACGUGUCGGCCGUGAUGCCCACGUUAGCCUCCGCUGCCCUUGUCCUGGUACCUGCGCCCAGCCCGAGGUGCCCGCGCACCUGUCUACUGUUUGCGCUUAGCGUAUGAGAAUUACAGGUUACCCUUGUACUUCGCGACCAAUUACUGACCUCCGAG